AACAUAACCUCACUUUUUUUUUGUUUACAAAUAUUGUCGUUAAAAAAAUAAAUUGAAUAUACUGUAAGUCAUGAACAAAAUACAGAAUUUAACUAAUCAAACAGCACGUCCAACGUACGAGAUUGAUCUCAAUGAGAAGAUCAUAUGUUACGACUCAUCAUUGCCAUCGAUUCACGGUGAAAAUAUAAUAUUAAUUGGUUUUAUGAGACGAAUACUAAUUUUGGCAUUUGAUUUUGGAAGUGCUGAAGAAUUAAAUUUUGAGUAUAAGAAGAUUAGGGAAAUAGCUGAAAGUGAGACUAAAAUAUUAAAGUUUUGCUCACAAGUUAUAGCCAGAAACAUCGUCUUUGCAUCAUGCUCAAAUUACACAAUUAAUGUAUUUUCUGCAAACGAAACGGAAGCAAACUGCUUGACUAAAAUUAAUGCUCACAGUAGCUACAUAAAUUCAAUUGACUUCUCUGACGAAUAUAUCGCAUCUGGAAGUGAUGAUCAUACAUGCAAAAUAUUCUCAGUCAAGGACAAUUAUGAGCAGCAUUCAGUCUUGAAUUUCUCAGCUUCUGUAACUUGCGUAAAAUUCAAUCCUGAGGAGCUUAACAAGCUAUUAAUUAGUGUAAAGAAUGGAAAUUUAUUUAUUUACUGCUUGAAACUUCGUCAGUCACUAUACAGCUUCUACACUCAUGCUCCACUUAUGUGCUUUGACUGGUCCAUAAAAAAUCCAUGUAUUGUGGCUGCAAUCGCCUACGAUCAAAUCUUUUAUUUUGAUAUUUCCAAGCCAGACAUACCAAUUUACAGCAAGAGACUCAACGACGUGGGAAAGAUAAUAACAAUUCAUCCACAAAAUCCUCUGAUUUCUGCAGUCAUCUGUAAUAGAGCAGCAACGGAACUAAAAGUAGUACAUCAAAAGAGCACAAUUUCGAACCUUUUUUCAACUAAAAUCAUAGCCUAUUCAGGAAAUGUCACAUGGCAUUCAUCAUAUUUAAUCGUUGGAUCAGACAGAAAGAUUUGCUUCUAUAAAAUCCCAAUAGCCUGAAAGCAUCAAUAAAAACAGUUCAAGUUUAUUUCUUUAAAAUAUCUUUAUUUCAAAUUCUUUUGCUCUUUUUUCAUCAAUAAAGUAAGAUUUAAGUAAUAAAAAAACGAUUCAACACAUAAUGGAAG